AUGAAUCGUAGCUUAGGAAAUGGUAUUGUUAUUGAUGGCAAAAAUUGUGAUGAAGAUAUCUCAAAAAUUUUAAAUAACAUGAGGCCGAAAGAAGAAUCUCUGAAGUCUGUUCGAGAAGGGGAAGAAUCUGAUGUUGAAGUCGGUGACGAAGGACCGGAGAACUUGGUGAUUACUAACGAGACUAGUAAAAAUGUCGAUGUGCUACGUAUGGACGACAAUAGUAGUGAACAGAGCUGGAGACUAAGAUCUUUGUCUAAGUCUAGUGUGGCUAGUGUAACUACUGAUUUUCCCAUGCAAAAUGUGCUUCUGCAGAUCUCCUGGUAUAUGCAUAAUGCACUUGUGAUCCUUUCAGCUAUAUAUUUCUUCCGCGGCAUACUGCAUAGCCGAGUUAUCAUGUAG